UCUCGACGACUCCGUUCAACACUAACAGAGCUCUCAGAGUCUCGGAACGAACCCAAAUCGCAGAGCAAUCCUCCUUCCUCCUCUCACUCUCUCUACUCUCGUUUCGCCUCUCGCUCGCAUCUCCCUCUAUCUCACCUGAUUCAAAGAUGGAUGAUAGCUUGUACGAUGAGUUCGGCAACUACAUCGGCCCCGAGAUCGAGUCCGAUCAAGAGAGCGAUAACGAUAUAGAAGACGAGGAGUUUCAGGAGAACCAUCGUGAAGAAGACGGAUCCGACGGAGAACAACAUCCUCCCCCUGGAGGAUCCAACGGCUGGAUCACAACGAUCAACGACGUGGAGAUGGACAACCAGAUCGUCCUCCCGGAGGACAAAAAGUACUACCCCACCGCGGAGGAAGUCUACGGCGAGGACGUCGAGACCUUAGUCAUGGACGAGGACGAGCAGCCUCUCGAGAUGCCGAUCAUCAAGCCCGUCAGAGACGUGAGGUUCGAGGUCGGGGUGAAGGACUCCACGACCUACGUGUCGACGCAGUUUCUCGUCGGGCUGAUGGCGAAUCCCGCGCUUGUGAGGAACGUUGCUCUCGUGGGGCAUCUGCAGCACGGGAAGACUGUGUUUAUGGAUAUGUUGGUUGAGCAGACGCACCGUAUGACGACGUUUAAUGCUAAGAACGAGAAGCAUAUGAAGUAUACGGAUACGAGGGUUGAUGAGCAGGAGAGGAAUAUUUCGAUCAAGGCGGUGCCGAUGUCGCUUGUGCUCGAGGACAGCAGGUCUAAAUCGUAUCUGUGCAAUGUCGUGGAUACCCCGGGGCAUGUGAAUUUCUCUGAUGAGAUGACUGCUUCUCUGAGGCUUUCUGAUGGUGCUGUUCUGAUUGUUGACGCUGCUGAAGGAGUGAUGGUAAACACAGAGAGGGCUAUACGACAUGCAAUCCAGGACCAUCUCCCUAUUGUUGUUGUGAUCAAUAAGGUUGACAGGCUCAUAACCGAGCUCAAACUACCUCCAAGGGAUGCUUAUUACAAGCUGAGGCAUACAAUUGAAGUCAUCAACAACCACAUAUCUGCUGCCUCGACGACUGCUGGAAACUUACCCCUUAUAGACCCUGCAGCUGGAAAUGUUUGCUUUGCCAGUGGUUCUGCCGGAUGGUCCUUCACUCUGCAGUCUUUUGCUAAACUGUAUUCGAAGCUUCACGGGGUGGAAAUGGACGUGGAUAAGUUUGCAUCUCGACUUUGGGGAGAUGUGUAUUAUCACCCUGAUACUAGGGCGUUCAAGAGAAGUCCUCCAGUAGGUGGUGGAGAAAGAGCGUUUGUUCAGUUUAUUCUGGAGCCGCUAUACAAGAUAUACAGCCAAGUGAUUGGUGAGCAUAAGAAGAGUGUAGAGACCACCCUUGCAGAGCUGGGAGUGACCCUGAGUAAUGGUGCGUAUAAGCUGAACGUCAGACCUCUCCUUAGGUUAGCAUGUAGCUCAGUCUUUGGUUCGUCAUCAGGUUUCACUGAUAUGUUGGUGAAGCACAUUCCUUCUCCCAAGGAGGCUGCGGCGAGGAAAGUGGACCACGCAUACACUGGACCCAAAGAUUCUACCAUUUACGAAUCAAUGGUUGAAUGUGAUCCUUCUGGACCCCUCAUGGUUAAUGUGACAAAGCUCUACCCCAAAUCAGAUACUAGCGUGUUUGAUGUGUUUGGAAGAGUUUACAGCGGUACACUUCAAACAGGGCAAAGCGUACGUGUACUAGGAGAAGGGUAUUCACCUGAGGAUGAGGAGGACAUGACUGUAAAAGAAGUGACCAAGCUAUGGAUAUAUCAAGCUAGAUAUAGAGUGUCUGUAAGCAGUGCUCCUCCCGGUUCGUGGGUGCUAAUCGAAGGCGUUGAUGCGUCCAUCAUGAAGACUGCAACGCUGUGCAAUGAAAGCUAUGAGGAAGAUGUCUACAUAUUCCGCGCUCUCCAGUUUAAUACCCUUCCAGUUGUCAAGACUGCUACUGAGCCUUUGAAUCCUAGCGAGCUGCCUAAAAUGGUGGAAGGGCUUAGGAAGAUUAGCAAAAGCUAUCCCCUUGCUAUUACCAAAGUUGAGGAGUCUGGUGAACAUACUAUUCUCGGCACUGGGGAGUUGUACCUUGAUUCUAUCAUGAAGGACCUCAGGGAGCUUUAUUCAGAGGUCGAAGUAAAGGUCGCAGAUCCGGUUGUCUCCUUCUGUGAGACAGUGGUUGAAUCUUCGUCGAUGAAGUGUUUUGCUGAGACACCGAACAAAAAGAACAAAAUAACUAUGAUCGCAGAGCCAUUGGAUAGAGGACUUGCAGAGGACAUUGAGAAUGGUGUUGUAAGCAUUGACUGGAACAGAAAACAACUCGGUGACUUCUUCAAGACGAAGUAUGACUGGGACCUGCUUGCAGCGCGUUCCAUUUGGGCUUUUGGCCCUGACAAACAGGGCCCAAAUAUUUUACUGGAUGACACGCUCCCAACUGAGGUUGACAAGAACUUGAUGAUGGCAGUGAAAGACUCCAUUGUUCAAGGGUUCCAGUGGGGAGCGAGAGAAGGACCACUGUGUGAUGAGCCAAUCAGGAAUGUCAAGUUUAAGAUUGUUGAUGCCUGGAUAGCACCAGAGCCGUUGCAUCGAGGAUCUGGUCAGAUGAUUCCAACAGCACGUCGCGUUGCUUACUCAUCCUUUCUUAUGGCAACUCCAAGGCUCAUGGAGCCUGUCUACUACGUGGAGAUACAAACACCCAUCGACUGUGUCACUGCCAUCUACACGGUUCUGUCACGAAGACGUGGUCACGUGACUUCCGACGUUCCUCAGCCGGGCACCCCCGCUUACAUCGUGAAGGCUUUCCUACCAGUGAUAGAGUCAUUCGGGUUUGAGACGGAUCUCAGAUACCACACACAGGGACAAGCCUUCUGCGUGUCUGUCUUUGAUCACUGGGCCAUAGUACCAGGAGACCCUCUGGACAAAUCCAUCCUGUUGCGCCCACUUGAGCCUGCACCCAUUCAGCAUCUUGCUCGCGAGUUCAUGGUGAAGACUCGCCGUAGGAAGGGAAUGAGUGAGGACGUGAGCGGGAACAAGUUCUUUGACGAAGCCAUGAUGGUGGAACUAGCGCAGCAAACAGGUGAUCUGCAUCUUCAGAUGAUGUGAUCGUCUCUUAUCAAAACUCGGGAUCUUAUAUGCAGAACCACUAGUAUCUUCGACUCUCUUUUAUGUGUAUGGAAGUAAAAAACUAGAAAAUGUGGCCACUUGGUCGUUUAGAAUCAAUUUUCCUUUGUAAUAUCAUGAUGUUGUUACGAGUAUCUUAAUUUGGGGGCUAUUAGUCGGUGUAUUUUAAUG